AUGGCUCCGUGGGACGACUUUGACUCCAUAUUCUACUUCGACAAGAACUUCACCUACGAUGGCAAGGUCAUUGAGCAGAUCCUCGCCAAUCGUCGAGCUCUAGAGAACCAGUUGUUCGCCGACAGACUCUUAAGACUCGCCGGAGUCAAAGCAGUGACCAAGCAGUACCCUCCUAGGUCGAACUCAGACCUUCGCACACUUGUCGACCAGAUCGUCUCCUCCGCAUUGGACAUUCAUCACAAACAAGCGUUGAUCUACUACAUUUUGAAGGAUUGUCGGGCAGCUAGCGAUGCGGCCACGCAGUUCUCGCGACGAUGCCAUUUGCCUGAGAAAUACAGACUCUUUAUCGAAGGGCUCUGGAACUUGGACAGGCUUGAGUUCAGGCGCGCUGUCGAGUACCUGACCGAGCCCUCGAUCAUUCCCACUUUCCCCGACGAGAUCCUCUACGUCCUUACACUUCCACAUAUUCCCAGACACGACGAUAGCCUGGUCAUGGCCUACUACCUGACCGUCUCUCCGCCACUGGCCACCGAAGCCGUCCAACGAGCUUUCUUCCAAACGCUCUGCCGGUCUAGCAUUACGGAAGCUUUCUUCUUCACUCGCAACCACCAAGAACUCCUACGCCAGGCUUAUUUCGAGCUGCUGGUUGAAAUCGUUCACGCCACCGAGGCUGGGCAGAUCCGCAGCCAACGGGCCAUGGAGUUGAUCGGGCUUCCUUUUGACGAGCAGGAGGAACAAUGGCUGGAGGAUACGCUGCUCCGUGGCAGCGCCAAGGGCCUGCACGGCUCCAAAGACACGGUGAUGAUGCGACGACUUGCGACGGGGAAAUUGACCGGACUCUCGCCGGAGCUCGAGUCCCUAAGUGGGAAGAAGAUCGACGGGAUCGCUGCAAAUAUGAACAUCCGGGCAGAUCAGGCUCGGGGAAUUCGUUUGCUGCUCUCGCAGGCGGAGGAGGAUUUCAACAAGGUACGCCUGCGACUUCCCCGUGGACGUUCCAUGCCCCAGGCUCCUGCUCUUUCUAUUUUCAACCAUGCAUUUGUCUGUCAAGAGGAGUGUAAGGCUGCCGCCUGCUCUAGCUCUUCAGCAUGUUGUCUUGUGCCCAGUCUACCCUAUAUUUAUGUGGAUUUCUUGCAUAUUAUUCCCCAAUUUGAGUAUCUUGCGUUCCUCUGGAGUAUAUCGAUUGUCUCAAUGCCUCAUCACUCAGCACGUUUCUGUCCUCUAACUUCUCGCCAAGGCCGCCAAAACCAGGGACAGCAGAAUCAACAGACGGCUAAAUAUGGCUUGACGGUCAGCGAUAUCAAGAUUGACUUGACUGCCGGAAAGGGUCGACCGGAAUGGAUCUUCUCCUGCUUCGGACCCGGGCGGAACGCCCCAAGGCAGCUAUUUGGAGGUCCUCAACGAGAGAUGAGCUUUGAGGAACUUCGUCUGCAUCAUUACGAAUUCGCUGCAGCUGGAAAUGCGCAAGGCGCUAUUCAAGAGGCCCAGAACAUGUAUGAUGAACAUGUCAAGCAGAUGGAGGUCAUCUUAACCGAUCUGGACGGUGCCAUCAAAUACAUCAUUGAUGGCGAGAAUGAACACCCAAAUCGCAUUGAUAUCUGCGAGGGCAAGACGGCCCUGUCCUUUUCGGGCUUUGGAAACUCGCCAUUCGGAAAACCUGAAGAACCUACACCACCCCCCGAUCAAGUGUCUGGAUUCGCCAAACUAGCACAGCCAGGAUUUGGCAAACCAUCGGGCUUUGGCCAGCCGUCGUUUGGCCAGCCAGCGUUUGGGCAACCUUCCGCUGCUGGUCAGGCUGCAUUCGAGAAGCCGGCCUUUGGACAACCUUCGUUUGGUCAACCUGCGAUGGGAGCAACGGGGUUCGCGGUUCCUCAGAACACUGAAAGUCCUUUUGCUCAGAUGGCCAAUAAAUACCAGGGUCAAAAUACCGGGUUCGGCCAAUCUGCCUCCAGUAUUUCGCCGUUUGCACAGAUUAACCAACAACCUCAGCCUCAACCCCAAUCCCAACCUCAACCUGCGGCGCCUUCAGGUUUUGGCUUCGUCAAGCAACCCGAGCAGCCCGCUCAGCCACCAAAUCCAUUUGGACAACCUGUGACGGCCCCGUCGUCAUUUGGCACUUUGCAACCGCAACCGCAACAACCAGCUCCGAUUCAGGCCCAGGCCCCCGCGGUAGGGAUGGGGACAGACGCUGGAGCUCGUCCCUUUAUCAGGGUUGAAGACCCUAACGAACUGAUGCCCAUCCCACCUUUGAACGGCCAGACAACUCGGGAUCCCGUGACAAAUAAACUAAAUUCGUGGAAGGGGCAGCCGGUAAAAUACUUUGAUAACGUGCCGUGCUACCUACAUCCCCAGGACCAGAAAACCUGGGCCCGCAUAUUCUUCCCUGACGGGCCGCCCGACGAGGCAAGCUUGAGAGACGCCUAUGGAGAACCAGACGAGUACAACUUCGAGAUCUCCGAGCAGUACGAGUUCUUUACGAAGAACGGAUACUUUAAAGACGGCAUCGUCCCCAGAGUUCCCCCGCAAAGAAGGAACGUGAGCUUUGAUUUCUAG